CCCCCCCCCCCCCCCAAGCGCCCGCCGCUUUCCACGCGGUCGGCCGGUGCGCCGCUUUCCACACUCCCCUGCCCAGCUGCAGCUCGAGUCCGGCUGGUGCGGCAGCACCCUCCCUUCCCACGAUUUCUCUGUUCUUUCUCUCGGCCUCGGUCUUCCUUUCCUAGCGGCGACGACAGGGCGAGUUGCGCUGCCCAUUCUUCGUCGAGCGACGGGCGCUUCGCCGGCGACGAACAUCCGACAGGGUUAUUGGCAUGUCCUAUACUCCGCGGCGCCCCCCGGCACGGGGCCCUGCAAAGUCCAAGCGGACCGACGAGCUGGCGGCGAUGUCCAACUCCGACUACGACGAAAUUGAUGCCUUCCACAAGAAGCGGGACAUGAUCCCCUUCGACGCCAAUGAUGCAAGGGAGUCGGAGGAUGACGAAAUGGAGCAGCCCGUGUUUGGCCUCGAGGGUGUUUCUGAUAGUGAAACUGAUGGCAGCGGAGGAGAAGAGAACAUUGACAUGGAUGAAGCAAAUUACGAAGAAUGGGACAAAGGGUAUAUUGCAAAAUUAAAAAGAGCGGAGAGGGCUGCCAAACAAAUUGCUGGAGGUGAUGAUAGCAUGGAUGAGCAAGAGGAAGAUGAAAAGAACACAGACGUUUGGGGCAGAGGUAAAAAGGCAUAUUAUGAUGAUGGUGAACAGUCUGGUGAUGAUGAGGUGGAUUAUGAGGAGGCACAAAGGAUCCAGAAAGAGAGGGAAAAAAAGCUUUCUAUGAAAGAUUUUGGAUUAGAAGAUGGUGAAAGUGAUGAAGAGAAUGAUGCCACAAAGCAGGCAUCCAACCAUGAAACUGUACUAAAACAAGAGUUUGCUGUCUCAUCAGGCAAUGACAAAAUGGAUGUGUUAUACAGUUCUUCUCCUGAACUCGUUAGCUUGUUGUCUGAAUUGAAGGAGGCCCAUGAAGAACUCAAUGCCAUAGGACAGCUCAGCAAUGCGGUUACAGCUGGCCCAGGCAAAGCUAAAGGUAGAAUGCAACCUUUGGAAGUGAAGAAAGCUUGUUUGCUGGCUUAUUGUCAAGCUAUUACCUUCUACCUCCUUAUGAAAGCUGAGGGGUUGUCCGUGCAUGAUCAUCCUGUAAUUUCUCGCCUUGUAGAGACCAAGAAUAUGGUAGACAAGAUUAAGCAAGUUACCAUGAAUCUAGAGAGGCAAAAGGGGAGCACUGAUGACCAUAACAUGGAUAGCAGCCCCAUCCAAGCUGAUAAGAUGAUCUCACUGGACAAAGGGGAGGGUAAAUGUAGCAAUGUACAAGCACUUGAUAAAGUGAAACAAGGCUCUGAUAUCUCUGAAUUGAGGAAGAGUGAGCCUUCUAAUAGUGAUCGGCAUGAAGUUAACAAAGAGAAGAACAAGGAUGAGCAAAUGGGGUUGCAAAGCCUGGAAAUGUUGAAAGUAAGAGCCAACCUUGAGGAAAGAUUAAAGAAAAAAGGGCUCUAUAAUUUGACAAGAUCAAAGCCAGAGAAGUUGUCAAAAACUAGGACAACUAGUAAUCAAAGAGACCUGCAGACAUUGGAUGACUUUGAUGAUGAAGUGGAGAAGAAUAAUCAAAUGAUGAAACCUAGCAAGCUUGUGGCAGCUGCUGCUAAAUCAAAUAAAAGCAAGUUUGUGUCUGGUGAUGAUGACCUUCCAAAGCGAGAUAAUAUCGGUGAAAGGCGGAGGAAACAUGAGCUUCACAUCCUAUCAAGAGUAGGAGCUAACUCACUUGAAGAUGAUCAUGAGUUGCCAGAAGAUAUUGACUAUUCUGAAGAGGACUUCUAUCAGGAUGUGAAAAGACUGAGAACUGAAAAACUGUUGAUCAAGAAUGAGAAGUACUUAACAACUCCUGGCAUUCAACCUGUGGAGGAAGAAACGGAUGGAGAUGGCAAGAGGAAGAUUUCAUAUCAGAUCGAGAAGAACAGGGGGUUGACACGAUCCAGAAAUAAGAAAAAGAAGAAUCCACGAAAGAAUUACAGGGAUAAGCAUAAAAACAAGCUUGUCAAGCGGAAAGGCCAAGUGCGUGAUAUCAAGAAGCCCUCUGGUCCGUAUGGAGGUGAAAUGUCUGGCAUCAACCCGAACGUCAGCCGCAGUGUUCGGUUCAAGAGUUGAUGUCAGUUGUAACUUGUAUGUUCGGGUUGAUCAUGUUAUGUUGGACAUGAAAAUUUUGGUCAAGGGGGUUUUGUGGUCACAACUGGACAUGAAAAUUUUGUGGUUGAACAUGAAAAUGUUCGGUUUUAGGAUUGGAUAACUCUGGAUUCACUUCCUGCUGCAGGCCCAACUACGCUGUUGAUUUCCCUCCUGCUUGACUGGAA